ACUGCCACCCACAGGGCCGUGCUGGGGUGGGGCGGGGAGAGAGCCGGAAGGAAGGUCCGGACGGAGGUCGGAAGGUGGGGGUUUGGGGACUCCCUUGGGUCCCUGGAGAUCAAUAUGAGGGGUCAAGGGCUUUCCUGGGGGGGGCUGCCCAGGUGGGCCCACAUUGGGGGCACCAGCCAAGUUCCAAGGGCUGGGGCUUUGGGGUUAACAGCAUCAAGAGAGGGAGACCCAACCCGCUGGGGGUCCCCUCGCCCUCACCCCUUUCCAGACCCCUCCACUGAGCCAGCCUUCCCAUGGCGGACGCCAGCGAAGACCCCACCGUAUUCACUGCCCACUCUCUGCCCGAUGACCCCCGGCUCUGGGCCACCGUGACCAACGCGUACUUGGGCACACGUGUCUAUCAUGAUACGCUGCAUGUGAAUGGCGUGUACAACGGGACCUUGGGGGACACGCACCGAGCCAUCCUGCCCAGUCCCGUCGGCGUCCGGCUGGAGGCCCCCACGGGCACUGGAGAGCAGCUAACCACGACCUUCAUCCUGGACACCAACACAGGCUCCUUCCUGCACACCCUGGAGGGCGCCCGCUUCCAGGCCCUGCCCGAGCCCGGGGUCCCAGGAUAUGUCUGCCACGGACUCAGCCCCGGGGGCCUCUCCAACGGGAGCCGCGAGGAAUGCUACUGGGGCCACGUGUUCUGGGACCAGGACCUCUGGAUGUUCCCCAAUGUCCUCCUGCUCCAGCCCCAGGCCGCCAGGGCCCUCCUGCAGUACCGCGUCCAGACGCUGGGUGGGGCCCUGGACAACGCCCGGAGCCUGGGCUACCAGGGAGCCAAGUUUGCCUGGGAGAGCGCGGCUUCCGGCCUGGAGGUCUGCCCUGAGGACAUCUACGGGACCCAGGAGGUCCACGUCAACGGGGCCGUGGCGCUGGCCUUCCAGCUGUACUACCACAGCACCCAGGACCUGCAGCUCUUCCAGGAGGCUGCCCCUGCACUAAGCACCUUCGUGCCUCUGUGCCCAGGAGUCAUGCCCCCCGACGAAUACCAUUCCGGCGUCAACAACUCCGUGUACACCAACGUGCUGGCCCAGAACAGCCUGCGCUUCGCCGCUGCCCUGGCCCGGGACCUGGGUCGGCCUGUCCCCAGCCGGUGGCUGUCCGUGGCCGAUAAGAUCAAGGUGCCCUUUGACCCGAAGCACAACUUCCACCCCGAGUUUGAUGGAUACGAGCCUGGAGAGGAGGUGAAGCAGGCAGACGUUGUGCUCCUGGGGUACCCUGUCCCCUUCUCCCUGAGCCCUCAAGUUCGCAGGAAAAACCUGGAAAUGUAUGAGGCUGUGACGUCGCCUCAGGGCCCGGCCAUGACGUGGAGCCUCCCCUCCCGCAGGAUCACCCAGGGCGGCCUGACCUUUGACCCCAUGUGUCCGGCGGGAGUCUCUGGCGUGUGUGUCUCUGGCGUCUCCUACCAGGGGAGCAAGCUUGACUUCUCCUUCUCCGAGGGCUCGGUGACGGUGGAGGUCAGGCCCCCGGCAGGGCCCGGGGCGGCCCCGCUGGAGGGCCAGCUCUGCGAGGCGGCGUCCGUCUGCGGGCAACUCGGCGAGGGCCCUGCCUGUGCGCUGCCGGGAGUUAAAGUUGGGCUGGUGGGGGAGCUGCCGGCAGGCCCGGCCGUGGAGCUGAGGCUCCUCUGGAGCCAGGGCGCCCGGUGGAUCGAGUUCCCGCCGGUAACUGGCUCCGUUAGAGCGAGCGCCCGGCAGGUCGUAAAGCCUUGGGGACUGUCCCGGGGCAGCAGCCCUGGAGCCAGGGGUGGCACAGGCACCGGGGGCACCACGCUGCUGGAGCCCACACCUGGGCACGGGCGGGCAACCUUCACGCCCAUCACAGCCCUCAGACCAUCCCGUGCUGGGGCCAUGUACCUGGCCCCCUACACAGGCUGA